CUCUCCGUCCUACCCCUCUACCAGCCUCAGAGCCACCAAGACCUAGCUGCCUAUAGCUAGCUAAGCCUGACCGAUACUCAGCAACCACCUGAGAGACUCCAGCUCCGAUCCUUUCCUAGCUUCCGUGUCUUGAUCUGCUCUCCGAUCCGGAGGUUGAUCGAUCGCCGAGCUACAAACAGCUAGCCAGCCAGCGCGCGCGCGAUGGCGAAGGUCCACCCCAACGUGCUGCCGUCGCCGGCCGAGAGAGCCGCGGCGGCGGGCGAGGAGGAGCCGACGUCGCUGACGGUGUGGCGCAAGUCGCUGCUGUUCAACUGCAGGGGGUUCACGGUGUUCGACGCCAAGGGCGACCUCGCCUACCGCGUCGACAGCUACGACGACGCCGAGGCCGAGGUCGUGCUCAUGGACCCCGCCGGCCGCCCGGCCUUCACCGUGCGCCGCAAGCGCCUCAGCCUGUCUGGCGAGCAGUGGCUCAUCUUCGCGGGCGAGGAGGCGCGGCGGCCCGUGUACGCCGUCAAGCGCGGCGGCGGCGGCAAGUCCAUGGCGCGCGUGGCGCCGCAGUGCGCCGCCGGGGCGCCCUUCGAGGUGGAGGGGUCCUACGGGCGGCGGCGCUGCGUGGUGUACGACGGCGAGCGCCGGGCCGUCGCCGAGGUGCAGCCCAAGGAGGCCGUCGGCACGGACGUGUUCCGGCUGGUGGUGCAGCCUGGCGUCGACGUGUCGCUCGCCAUGGCCGUGGUGGUGGCGCUCGACCAGAUGUUUGGGAGGCCGUCGCUCCUCAGGAGCUGGUCCUCGUAGAUUCCUCCUGUUUUGCUUGUUCAGUACUCUAGACAGAUUUUUGCCCCUGAUCUUGGGGUUGUGAAGUAUCGUUAGAUGCUGAUAAUUCGAUUGAUCUGCCUGGCAUCCCGGGCAUGAGAGCAAACUCUGUUCUUGCCUGCCACAGCACCCUGGUCAGGCCGAUUGAGAUUUUUCUUUUACUCCACAUCACAUGAAAUCCCUCUCGAUUCUCUUUGGUUGUCCGAUCCAACCAAAAUCCGUGAGUCUUGUAAAGAGGGAUGGAGAUGUAAAUAUGUAUACCGAGAAAAGGGGGGCAAAAAAGACUACUAGAAAACUUUUCUUUUUCUGGUUCCACUGCUGCAUAUCCGAUUUUCCUUUUUUGAGCUGAUGUAUCCGAUUUUCUGAACGUGAAAUCUUGUCCCUUGUGCACU